AAUGGCGAGUCUCGGUACAACUGUGUCGUCGUCCAUUCGUACUUUCGGUACCAUCCGAGGUGCUGGCAAUCCUGUGUCACGCACUCCACACCGCGAUGACAUGAAACAAACAUCUGCAUGAUUACUAAUUAACUGGGACAAAUGAGAUUACUAUCAGCCAAAAAUAGAAUGGCUUUGCGUGGACGUCUGGGACUGUUGACUUACCUUAUUGUUGGCACGGCUGGCAUUUUAAUAGUCUACUAUGCCUGGAAUUCAUUGUUUGCUGCUGCUGCCGUGCCUAGUUACAAAGUCAAAGAAAAUAAGCGAGAGAAAGAUAUCUCUAGGAAUCCAGACCCUAAAUGGUCUGUUCUGGAAGAGCCGCCAAACGCUGUGAAACAGGAAUUGCAAAAAGAAAGAGCACUUAACAGGUGGAAGCAGGAGAAAGCACUUCAGGAUAGACUAGAUGAAGAACGUCUUCUUCAGGAACAGGCUGCACAACAGAAAGAAAGGGAAAAGCAGCAAGAGAAGGCUCAGGAUCAGAAUUUCAGUCCAGGACUCUUUCAACAUCCGGAUCCUGCUGAUGAAGCCUUUUUCCAUCAGCUGCAGCGCUUGGUCCACCUUGAUCUCAAAGGUGCCCCUCCCCUUGUGAGCUACCUAGAACAGUUAUUUCCUUUGCUCAAGUCUCUUGGUGCUACAGGCCUGCUUAUAGAGUAUGAAGACAUGUUUCCAUACAGCGACAGCCUCAGCCUUCUUGCUGCAGGCAAUGCUUAUUCACAGACAGACCUGCAGCGCAUUCAGAUGGCUGCUCGCCAAAACGACCUCGAGAUUGUGCCUUUGGUACAGACAUUUGGACACAUGGAGUUUGUGCUCAAGUAUGAAAAGUAUAUGAGUCUAAGAGAACAAAAUUUUACACCACAGGUCAUCACCCCAACCAGAGAGGAAUCCUACCUGCUACUCCAGCAGAUGAUUAAACAGAUUCUAAAGGCUCACCCUGAGGCAAAACGCAUUCAUCUGGGCUGUGAUGAAGUGUAUGAUCUUGGUGAAGGCCAGAGUCACACCUUGUUGAUUAGAGAGAAUCUUACUCCAGGGGAUCUUUUUCUUCGUCAUGUGACCAGACUGGCUAAGUUCAUCCGAUCAACUUACCCUCACAUUAAGCCCUUGAUUUGGGAUGAUUGGAUUCGAAAUAUCGAUGAAAAGACUAUAGAGUCGUCUGAAUUAAACAAGGUUGUGGAGCCAGUGGUGUGGUUUUACGAGCAUAACAUCAUGGACCGUAUUGAGCAGCGGGUGUGGGAGAAAUAUGGCCAGCUCUUCGAAGGUGUGUGGGUGGCGUCAGCCUUCAAAGGUGCCACAGGUAGUGGCCAGUACAUCACUAACUCCUCUUUUCACAUUGACAACAACCUUCAGUGGGUAGCCGUCAUCCGUAACCUAGGCAUCCAGCAGAAGCUGGUGAACUUCCGAGGAAUUGCCCUGACUGGCUGGCAACGCUAUGACCACUUUGCCACAUUGUGUGAGCUUUUGCCUGUUGGGCUUCCCUCAUUGGCCAUGUGUCUUUCGGCAACCCAGAAUGGAGGCUUUAGUAAACAGCAGCAGGUAACAGCCAGUCGGGUAUUAAGAUGCUCUUCUCCUCUAGAUCUGGAAUUACCUGCUCUUCAUGGAGAAGGUGCACAUGUAACUCAAGACUGCAGCUUCCCAGGUAGUGAUGUCUUUUAUGCAGUGCAGCAACUGUGGGGCAUCGUAACUGCUACAGAGCAUAACAAUCACUUGCAAUCGCCUAUAUCAGGUUGGCUGACAAACUACCAGGUGCAGAGAGGUUUCUCCAGCCCUUGGCAUCUGCGCAACAUGCAUAAAGAACUUGCGAAGGUAAUUGAGCGUCUUCAGCCUCUGUUGAGGGUUCUGGAAGAAAACUUGCUGAAGGUCUAUGACAGGAGUACAGUUGACGAGUGGCUGGAGACUAAUGUCCAGGACCGCAUUGACAAGCUAGAAGAUAUUUUAGGCAAGGCAGAGGCUCUUAUGAAGAAAACCACAUGGCCACGUCGUCCACUGGGGCCUCCACCUAUGAAAUCACGGUCUGAUGAAGUUGGCCAAAAGCUGCAGUCUAAGGAUUUUAAUCCAGCAACCCAAGGUGUGGAAAUGGUGCCCAUCCAAGGACAGGUGGAUAGCAUUCAAAAUGUGCCCGUCCAUUUGAGAGCAAACAUUCCAGGAAAUGGGAAUAUCCCUGUUAUAAAUUCCCAGGUCCAAGGUGUGAAUGGCGUCAUCACCCAUGGAAGUGAAGGAUAUUGGCAGGGUGUGAAACUAUCUGAUGUCCUGCGUCAGAGCUUCACUCCAACUGUACCCAGCAAACUGAGAUACAUUCAGAAUGGAAAUGCUGAAGAUGGAAAUAUCCAACAACAGUUUAUUGCUGACCCCAACCAGAAGAGUGGAAGUGCAUUUGCAGAUGUUAAACAUGGACUAGGACAGAAUGAUUACAUACAGAAUUUCCAGCAGCCUCAGCAAGUUGUUGGUAGCCAGUACAAAGGUCAAUCUGCAAGCAGUAGAUGGAAUAAUGCUGUACCUCAAAAUGGUGACAAUCGUUUUCCAUUUCAGCAGCAGGUCCAGACUAGACAGGGCAAAGAGGAAAUAAUACCAAACAGAGUUGAUGACAUGACCGGCAGGGCAAACAGAGGACGUAGUAAAGAGGAUGGAGUCAGAGAACAAAAAGUGAAAGCAAAAUGGCAGAGGGGUGAGAAGGAUUUGGAGGGCACAAGAUCAAAGGCUUUCUCUCUUGACCGUUCUCAGCAGUAGGGAAACCAAGGCAUAAGCUAGAAAGAUAAGGAGGAUUUUAAGAAUGUAAGAGCAUCAUUGAAUGACACCAAGAUAAGAAGUGGUUGACUAUUACACUGGUGGUAAUACACUGAGAAGGGUUGAUUGUUUACAGGAGUGUGUAGGUGGGUUGGAAAUGUUAUUGUGGCUGUGAGGGACAUGGGUUUUGAUAGUGGAUUUUACAAGAGGUGAUGUGUGUUUUAACUUUUUUCAAGAAUUUUUUCAAAUUUCAUUUCAUCUUUUCUAAAGUGUUUAUAUUGCAAUGUGAUUCAGUCAAGAGAUUCAAACUAUGUGUGCAUAUUAGCAUGAUUUUAUACCAGUCUUCACCAAAUUUCAAAACUUCUCAGUCCUUUGCUGGCAGACUGUCUCAAAAUUUAAUGAAAUUUCCAGACCUGAAAAACAAGUCUUUCCUGUUUCCUUGACUUGUCCAGGCUUAUAAAACUUUAUGUAAUCACUUAAUCUCAUAAUAUAUAGUUCACCGAUAAAUCUUUGCCAGCCUUAUCUUGAAAAUAAAUUUGGUAAAAGAGCAGUGAAAACUAUAAUCGAGUUGUAAGGUUGUACACAUUUUAUACACAUGUAUAUGUUUAGAUGGUUGGACAUAUUGCCAUAUUGAUGGAUCGUUGUACUUCUAUUUGCAUACAUGUUUGUUCACAAAUGCACUGAUCUCUUUGCUCUUGUGUAAUUUUAUGAAACAACAAAAAUGAACGUGAAAUGUGCUAUACAUUUUGUGGCAACACCUGAAGUGUGAAGCGAAUGCAAACCAGGAAAUUUACACUAAAAGUGGACAGAUCUGGCAAGCAGGCAACUCACUAUUUUCAUUGUAUUGUUGGCUGAUAGAGUGAAUUCUGAAAAGUUGCCCUUGACAUUGUUGCUCGUAGGUGCAAAAUGUGUAUACUUAUUAGUACUACCACUUUUGUUCCUUCAUGACUUAUUUGAAGGUUUAUUUUCUGUCAUUUUGCUUGUUUUCUUUUCACUCGGUGGUUCUUUUCACUCGGUGGUUUCAAAAAAACGGGGGGAAUGGACUGUGGCAGUAAUUUAGGGAAAUAUAUGUCAACCUAUUUUGCAAGCUUUCAAGGAAUAUUUAGGAUCUGCAAAUUUAUGAUAAUGCUUAGGAAGAUCGGCAUGCUAAAAUCUUUUUUGUCCAAUGGGGCAGCAUAAUUUUUUCAACUUUUUACAAUUGACUGUGUCAAAGCAUUGUUUUUUUAAAUGUUUGUCGAUGUAUAUAUAAAGUAAUUCAUUUCUUUAUUGGCAGUGCCACAGGAUUGAAAAAUAGUCAUUGGAGCUGACAUGAGUUCUUGUUUUAAUGUUGGGUAUCAUUUUUGCUAAUGGCACAGUAGAUAUUAUGCCUGUGUUUUGCCCCGUGAGAUGAUGUACACAUUGUGACAACAGAAGUUAGGAUUUUGUGUAUGUGUGUUGUUGAAUUGAUGCUUUUAAGAACCAGAUAGUUUAACAGUAUAUUUUUUACAUUUGGGGUUAGGAUAACUUAUCACACGUCCUUAUCCUAGGAUUAAAUAAUGUUCAUACCAGUUUGUUAAAAUGAUAUGGCCAAAAAAAUUAAGGUAACCACUUGAAACUAAGAGUGGUACUUUAGUUCUGUGAUGGUCAUAUUGAGACUAUGCAUUAAAAACAAGAAUCAUUUGAUAGUUGUUCUAACAUUACCUUCAGCUUUUUUUAUAAGCCACAGCCCCCUUAUUAUUGCAGUUCAUAUGCAAUACUAUGUAUGAAAAAGGAGCAAUCCAUCCAUGCCAUGUAAUUCAAUCUAAGGUUUUUUUGUGGACCUUCUCCAAUCUUUGGUUCAAGGCACUUGCAGCUUUGAAAGUGAGCCUGGCAUAAAUUGUCCAAGAUCUGUUAACCCAACUCCUCACCUUCAUCAAGGCCACCCAGGUGCUCUUGUAUUUUAUUCCAUGUCAAAUUCCAAAUGUUCUCCUCCAUUGACAGUACAAGUGUUGCUAGCAUAGAGAAUUCCAUAAAGCAGACCAUUUACAUUCCAUUCUUUUUGUACUUUAGUUUGCUUUAAGUAUUUUCCAGAAGUAAACUUUGAAGCUGGUGGUUUUCAAUAAAUGGUGUACUUUCAGUCUCAUUUUGGUAAAAAUGUGUGCUUGUUUUGCAUCAUAUAUAAGGUAGGUGAGGGGGGAUAAACAUUUUAACCCCUGUUGUUCAGGAUGCUUCAAGUGGUGCAAGGGGUCACUUAAUCUGUAAGCGGCAAGCACACCAUACACCCAGUCUGCCUAAAUUAAGUCAUUGAUGUUUUUUUUUUAAAUUUAUUUAAACUUUAACAUGCUUUCAGAUUUAUUUAUUAUUAACAAGUGUUUGGUGUUGAACUUACUGUAGAUAUGCUUUCAAGUGCAACAUCCGCAUCUUAAAGAUCAAAAUUUAAUUUUUUCAAGUGAUUGUAUAAUUAAAAAUCAAGAGCUGUUUUAAUGAAAAAUGCAAGUGUUAACUACAUUACUUUAUUGAAUUGUGCAUGGAGAAAUGCAUGUUGAAAAGGUUUUUUUUUUUCCUAGGUAGUACCUAAAACAAAGUGGGACAGGAGAAAAAAUGUGUAAAUCCUCUACCCAUCCUCAUUAACUAGAACAAGAACUUGUAAAAGUCCUUUAAAGAAAUAUGAAACUUCUGUGUUUCCGGUUGGUGAUUAUGUAUGCCUGAUUGAAAAAUGACUUUUAAUCACCUGUACACAGAGUUCAAAUGUAAAUAUUGUAAGUAGGGUGUUUUUACAGCUUGGUUUUUGUAAAUACCGUGUGUAAGUGCUGUGAAGAGAUUUCAGUGAUGUAGAUAUCUAAUUUUUAAACAUUUCUUUUGAGAUGAAUUUGAGUAAUUAUGGAAAAUAGUGUUGAAUUCACUUCCUGUUUGCAUCUACUUAAUUGAUACAGACAAAGAAGAGAACAAAACAAAUUAUCAACAUCAGGAAAGAACAAAUGCAUAUUUAAAAAUAUAUUUAGAUAUUUCUUACCAUAUUUGUUUUGUGUUAUGUUGUGUGGUUUUUUUUGUGUUCUUUCAGUAAAAAUUGUGAUCUUAAACAGAAUUAUUUUGCACAUAAAAUCACUGUGUACCUACAUGUACACGGUUACUUUGUGAUCUCAUGUGUGAAAAAUAUAAAGUGACACAUAAAAUGAG